AUGGAAGAGGAGAAGAAAGACAAUAAGACAGGUGACAAGCCGAAGAAGAUCGACUGUGAUCCUACAGACCCUGCUUAUAUCGACCACUUGCUGAAUGGCAUUGACAAGACAGUCUUCGAUCCGUACCUUAGGUGAUAUAUAUGCAAAGGAUUCCUUAGAGAUGCUCAUACUAUAAUUGAGUGAGGAGAUACAUUCUGUAAGAGCUGUGUCUGAUUCUAUUUUACUUCUGUCAAAACUUCAAUUUCAUGCCCUGUAUGAAAGGAAGACCUAGGAGGAAGGCCUCUCGAUCAUAUAGUCCCAGAUCCUUCCAUCCAAAAGAUUGUUGAUAUCUUGUAUCCAGAAUUCAAAGAGCUAGAUAUCAAGGCUAUAAAUGCUAUGUAUAAAACAUUUGAGGAGGAUGGAGGUCUUCCUAUUGAUAGAGAAUUGAAGGAAGAGUACAGAGAGAUCGACUUCAGCAAAUUUAAAGUUUCAGAUGACCCAAUGUAAAAUUAUA